ACGCUCUUAAAUUACUACUACCUUUUUAGUUAGUUAGCAUUUUAGCUUGUUUAUAAACGAGCCCAUGAUCAUAAGGGGAUUCACAAGUAGACUCUAGAGAAAAGAGAGAAUGGGUAAGGACAAUACCAAAUUCCUUAUGCAAUUUGCAGGUUUUGUAAUGGUUUUAACCGUUGCAAUAAUGGUGAAAGAAGCUACAAGCAUGUCUAUUUGUAACAUGGACACAAAUGAUAUGCAGAAAUGUCGUCCAGCCAUCACUGGAAACGAUCCCCCGCCUCCUGUCAACGAGUGCUGCGUAGUGGUUCGAGGCGCUAAUCUCGAAUGCUUAUGCAGAUUCAAGUUUUAUCUCCCAAUUUUGCGAAUUGAUCCAUCUAAAGUCGUGGCUCUUGUAGCUAAAUGUGGUGUUACAACAGUCCCUCGUUCUUGCCAAGGUAUUUUCAUGUGAUUAUUGAAUUUGUGGUAAGAUCUUGAAAGUAAAGAAAGAGUGUAACGUUUUUUAUUCGCGCAGUUUGAAGAAAUGAGCUGAGGAUAGGUCUCUUUAUGGUGUUGUAGACUUCGCUGGAUCUUGUCUUGCAUCUAAAUUUACAAUGUGUUGUUUUCGUUAAAGUGAACUUAAAAUGUCUUUUAGUGUUCUGUUUCAAAUAAAUCACAAACUUUUAA